CCUAACCUUUUUAAAACAUCCCUUCAUUUUAAACAUUCAAACCUUUUUAUUUAGUUCCAUUUCUUUUCAGUUUCUCUCUCUAAAUUCUAAGAAGAAGAAAAACCCAGAAAAAUGGAUUGUAAUCUUGAGCUUGGCCUAUCACCAUCUUCCACGUCGAUCUCUUCAACAGCUUCUACGAUCUCCAUGGGAUCUGUUAAUGGAGAUAAUCCAAAAAAGCAAGAACAACAAAGGACGAUAUUUUAUAAUGGAACUAUCUGCGUUUGCGAUGUUACCGAUGUUCAGGCAAAAAGCAUAAUACAGUUAGCAAGUAGAAAAACGAUACAAGAAAUAUGUACAUCUACAACAAUAACACCAACGUUACAAUCUCAACAAUUAUGUACUCAAACGCAAAAUGGUUUAUCGGCCAUGAAGAAAUCGUUACGCCAAUUUCUCGAAAAGCGAAAGCAUCGAAUCCAAGCUACCUCGCCUUACCGUCUUUAGUCUUUCUUAUUAUAAUUAAAUUUUAAAUUAGUCUAACUAAUUAGUCUUCAGGAGUAUUAGAUACAAGUAAUUAAUAGCUAAUUCUGCUGUUUUUUAGUUCUAUAUGAUUUGGUAAGUUGGUAUGUUAUGUGGAAGCAACGUUAAUGGAAAAUUAGGAAAGA